AGCAUGUAAUGAAUUCUGCUAGCAAGUUGUCCCUGCGUGAUAAAAUAUUUAGGCAUCUGUCCAAUGUGCCCAAUAGAUGCCAGCAAACGGAAAUUGUUUCUUGUAAACAAAUCUGCGAGCAAAACACCGAUAACCGUACUAUCAAUGUCGAUUCAGAUACAGAUUCCGAAGGAUCUCUAGAUGAUCAUUUAGUUAAUUUGGAAGAUAUCGAUUUGGACUCACAGUUUUUCAGUCAAGAUUACAACAAACCAACCCAAGUGUCAAUUACAUCCGGCAUUGAUGUUGAAAAGGAAGAACAGGAUUACGAUUCCAAUUUAGAUUUGUGCAAUACAGAAGAAACUAGAAUAGUAUAUGAAAAGCUAACUCAACUAGCUAAUCACGAACGAACGCAUAACGAAACGAGAGAGCUACUUCGGAAAACCGGUGUUAGAAUAAAAACUGAACCGAUAAGCGAAUGUCUUACUAAUCACAUUGUAAUCGAGGAUGAUUCUGAAGAAGAAUGGGUAAGGAUCGAGAACAGCAAUGAAGAAAAACCAACAAACAGUGUUGAGGUACUGAUUGGGCAAGGACCAAAAAAAUGCGCAAAAAUUUUAGACGUUGACGCCCAGUUUAAAAGACUACUGCAGAACCAAAAACGCGAAAAGCAAUUAAUACUGCAUAAAACACAUUUACUCUGUCUGUUGGGGCAUGGUUUUUACCUUAAUAGGUUAGUUAACGAAAUGGUGCUAAAUCACGGACAGAAGCUUUUGGAGAUAUUACAGUAUGUCAGUGAAGACAUUCUGGAAAAUUUGAAUUUUGAUACCCUGAAACGGAUCUGUAAUGCCUAUAGAGCCUUGAUUAAACUGCAACCAACAUCACAAAAGUCUGAUAAUCACAAGAGUUUUUGCACAGAUAUAUUUACUGAUAACUAUUUACUAAUAACUUCCAAAGAAUUUUACGUCAUGCUGUUUACAGCGGUACUCCGAUUUCUUAGUUUCGAAGUUCGUUUGGUCUUAUGUUUGAACGUUUUACCUAAAAGCGUUUCCCCGAACAAAAAUAAAUCUCAAACAAAAGCCAAUCACAAUGUGAAAGCAAGCAGCAAAUCAAAUGAUUGCACAUCAGACGAUAGGGAACGUUAUCCCGAUGUCCCACUCACAACCACAGAAAUUUUGAAACGAAAGCCAGAGCUAGCUCAUUUUUCUCAAAUUCCACAAAUGGAUGGUAUUGAUGAUCACAUUGAAGAAAAGCGACCUCGCCUGUGUGAGGUAUCAGAUUCCAAACCUAAAUUGUGGAAACUGAAAAGGUUGAAUAACAUCGUUGCAUUGAAGUCAACUUUGAAUCAUCCAAAAUCAAGAACUACGUCAGAUAUAAAGUCACCGUACUUCUCGCAAGUUCCAAAGAAAACAAACAAAAAGGGCUCUGUGAAUCCGGUAAAUCGAAAUCCAGCUCUCUCGAUUUGGAUAGAAGUUAUGCUCGACAAGCGGUGGCACCCGGUAGAUAUUCUUUCUGGAAAUGUAGAUUGUCUCGACUAUAUAAUCAAUGCUUUACCGCAACCACCGGCUUACAUUUUUGGAUGGUGUGGCGACGAAACGUUACACGAUGUCACCCCGCGUUACUGGUGGCGAAACGAAGUGGGAGCUCGUAAGCUUCGAAUAUCGGAUAAAUGGCGGCAUCCCGUGAUUUUACAUUUUGGAAGAAAAAGAAAAGACCUUCGUGACUUGCUUGAUGUACGAGAAUUCCGCCAGCUACGAUAUCGUGCACCAAUUCCGGACAAAGUUUCAGAGUUCAAAAAUCAUCCAUCUUAUUGCCUCAAAAGAGAUCUGCUAAAAUUUCAAGCAAUCUAUCCGGUUGACGCUCCACCGCUGGGAUUUUUCCGGGGAGAACCAAUCUACGCAAGAGAGUGCGUACAUACGCUACACUCCCGGGAAGUAUGGUUGAGGCAUGCGAAAACUAUUCGCCUGUACGAACAACCGUACAAAAUUGUCUCGUCCAAACUGAAGCGGGAGAAAACCGAUUUGGAACUGUUCGGUUACUGGCAAACGGAAGAAUACAUACCACCGGAAGCACAGAACGGACGCGUUCCGCGGAAUGCUUAUGGUAAUAUAGAAAUAUUCAAGGAUUGCAUGUUGCCCAAAGGGACAGUUCAUUUGAAGCAGAUCAACAUAUCAAAAAUCUGCCGCCGGUUAAAAGUAGACUAUGCUACGGCUGUGGUUGGCUUUGGUGUACACGCUGGUGGCAACCAUCCGGUCUUUGAAGGCAUUGUCAUUUGCAAGGAGUUUGAAGAGCAUGUGUUACAAGAAUACGAACGGGACAAACUAGAGCAAGAGCAAAGAAAACAUCUGCACCGCGAGAGAACUAUUUAUGCAAACUGGCGGAAGUUAAUCAAAGGAAUGCUAAUUCGAAGUAGAUUGAAGCAUAAAUAUAAUUUCGAAAAUCUGUGA